CGCUUGGGUGAUCUAAGACAUAUAUAUAUGCAUAUACAUAUACAGAAGUGUUAAGUACAUAAUGCAUAUAACAUCUUUUAUAUGCAUUAAAAAAAGGUGACGACUAACCUGGAUCUUAACAGGAAUAGAAUAAGUUUCUCUUAAUAAAUAAUUCUACGCUAUGUUGAAACCAAAAGCUCUUACACAAGUUUUGAGCCAGGCGAAUACAGGUGGUGUUGAAAAUACUUUGUUGCUUAACAGAGAUGGUGGUUUAUUAGCGUAUAGUGGCUAUGGAGAUAAAGAUGCUAGAAUAACUGCUGCAAUUACAAGUAAUAUUUGGUCAGCUUAUGAAAAAAAUGGAAGAAAUGCAUUUAAAGAAGAUGAAUUACAAUUUGUUUUGAUGGAUUGCGCGGAAGGCAAAGUGGUGAUUACAGAAGUAGCAAAUUUAUUAUUAUGUUUGUAUGCUAAAGAGAAUGUAGGAUUUGGGUUAUUAAGAGAAAAAGCACAAGCACUUGCUAAAUAUCUUGAUCGACCUUUGAAAACAAUUGCUAAUAUGCCAUGAAUAAUAUUUUGUAUAUAAUAUACAAAUUACUACUUAAGAUACUACUAUAAUAAUUACUAUAAUGUUCAUAUUUGUAUACAUCUUUAAAUCUUUAUAAUUUGUAUUAUAUGUGUAUAUAAGUACGUAUAUUAAUAAAUAAGUUUUCAUAUUUUAAUAUUUUUUCGUAUUUCGUGAUAACUAUAAUUUAUUAUUGGUAAAAUACUAUUUAUAUAAUAUUUAUAUGAAAAAAAGGUCUUAGUGAUAAAGUAAAAUAUAGCAAAAAUUUUGUAAUAAGCUUUUUAUUUAAUUUGGAUAAUAAAAAAU